AUGAAGAACCCAGUCAAGCAACUGCGCUUCCCAGCGCUGGAGGAUUUCAUCGAAUACGUACAAGAUUUCACCGAAACCUCCAGCCGAUGGAUCAACUGGCAAAUCAUCCGAGGCAAGCGACAUAUAUGGUGGGAGACAGACUGGGACGUGGUGUCCCGCUGGGCGCAAUCGAUCAUCGAGACGGAACAACGUCUACGCGAAACCACCCAACGUGAGAACUUCCUCAAAAAGUGGAUCCAUACAUUCCACAACGGCUCCAACGAAGCAGGGAAGUUUGUUCUACCGGAUUUGAUCGAAGACUUGAUAGCCCUGGACCACGAAUAUGUGCGCCUCGAACGGAUAUAUGACACACUCCUAGCGGGUUGUCCCGUAGGGCCCAUCAAGGAGGGAUAUAUGUGGAUUCGAAAGCAGCCGCAGUGGCAUCUCCGGAUCCUAUUCCCCAUCCCAUCAUCCGACCCUAACGAUCCCCUCAAUUGGUCAACAGCUCGCAAAGCCCUAAAUUUCACCCUAGUCAGCUUCUUCGUCCUAUGGACCUUUGUCCAAAUUGAUAUCAGCUUCACAGCAUGGGGCCAGAUGCAAGAAGAGCUCAACUUCUCAGUCAACAUCCUAAACGCCAACACAGCCAUCAACUAUAGCGGUCUCGCCGUAGGCUGCAUAUUCUUCAUGCCCCUAGUCCACAAGUACGGCCGACGCCCAAUCUACAUAUUCAGUGUCGCCCUCCAGUUCGCCUCGUGCAUCUGGCAAGCCAGGAUAACUACCGUCGGCGAUCUAUUGGGCAGCGGCCUGAUCUCCGGCAUCGGCGGCGCAAUCAGCGAGAUCGUUGUGCAGGUCACCAUUGCUGACAUCUUCUUCGUGCACCAGCACGCCACGAUGAACGGAUGGUUUCUCGUCAUCCAGUCUACAGGUGCAUCUCUGGGUCCCGUGGCAUCGGGAUACAUCGUGGUGGCACAAGGGUGGAGGUGGAUAUGGUGGUGGUGUGCAAUUUUCUUCGGCGUCACCCUACUCUGUGUGAUUUUUCUAUUCGAGGAAUCGAAGUUUGUUCCCAUUCUGGACGGUCGCGACGCUACCGCACAUCCACAGGUGACCGAAGAACCGUCCAAAUUACGCAUCGACGGGGAUGUGGUCGACGCAAAGAGCGCUACUGAGGCAUUCGCUAGCCGCGUGCAUACCAACCCGGACAUUCAGUUGAAGACAUAUUUCCAGCGCAUGGCCUUGGUGACCCCGACCGCUGAAGCGCUGUGGCCACACUUCUAUCAACCCAUCGUGGCGCUCUUUACCUUCCCGGCGGUUUCGUAUGCCGCUAUCACGUAUGGGUCUACGCUGUGCUGGUUUGCGAUCAUGACUUCCCUGCAAGCCUCUUAUAUGAUUCUACCGCCUUAUAACUUCGACGCUGUUGGGGUUGGGCUGAUGAAUGUGGCUCCAUUUGUCGGAUCCGUUCUCGGUUUCCCCUUUGGUGGACAUUUGAGUGAUAAAUCUAUUUUGUGGUUGUCCAAGCGCAAUGGUGGUAUUUAUGAACCGGAGAUGCGACUUUGGCUUGCUCUGCCUAUUGCUAUUGUCAGUCCGGCAGGAAUACUGAUGUUCGGGUUGGGUCUUACCUAUGGUGUGCAUUGGGCUCUUCUUGCUGUGGGAUUUGGAUUCUUUGGGUUUUCACUUGCUGCCGUUGGCGGCAUUACGCUUUCGUAUCUCAUGGAUUGUUAUCAAGACAUUAUUGGCGACGCAUUAGUUGGAGUGAUCUUCAUGCGUAACAUCUUCUCGGUGAUUGUACUUUUUGUGUUAACGCCUUGGGUCAAUAGGAUGGGCAUGCGAGACUUGCAUAUCCUGAUUGCAGUUAUUGCAUUUGUGAUACUGUUGCUCCCUAUCCCACUUCUAAUCUGGGGUAAGAAGGCUAGGAUUGCUACGGCGCCGAGUUAUAGGAAAAUGGCGGCAAACCAGCUAAGCCAUCGGACUGUUUAA